AUGUUACAAAAACUUUUAAAUAAAUUGGAAGACCCGAAUAUUCCAUUGCUCGGUCCGAACGUGAAAUCAUUAAAAUUUUGGGGACUGCUCCUGCCCAGUCACAAAUUAUGGAAAUACGUUUAUAUUUUCCUCCACAUUACUGUCAUAAUUUUUACCGCAACGGAAUGGGUAGAUAUUUGGUUUGUAAAGAGUGAUAUCAACUUGCUCCUAAACAAUCUGAAGAUAACGCUACUCGCUACGGUCAGUGUGAGCAAAGUUCGCAGUUUCCUGCUGUUCCAGAGCCAUUGGAGAGAGAUAAUUGAGUACGUCACUAAAUCGGACAUCGCUCAGAGGGUAGACGACCAUCCGAAGAAAAAAGAAGUUAUACAGAAGUACACUAAGCACUGCAGGACAAUGUCAGUGUUAUACUUCUGUCUGAUGUACACUACAGUAGUGUUUGUUAUGAUUCAACCGGUCUACAAGUACUUCUUUAUUGAAUCCUACCGAAUCAACGUAAGGAAUGGAACGGAACCUUACGCUCAGGUUGUGAGUUCCUGGUUGCCUUUCAAUAAAAACACUUUGCCAGGUCAUUUGGUAGCCUGUGCUUAUCAGAGCUACGCGGCGAUAUACGGUGGAGGUUGGAUUACGUCGUUUGACUCGACUGCGAUCGGCAUUAUGGUGUUCUUCAAAGGAGAGCUGGAGCUAUUGAGGAUUGAUAGCGCGCGUUUAUUUGACGGGGAAUAUUCGAGGGAUGAUAAAGAGCGCUCGAAUCGCUUGAAAGACUGUCACAGGAGACACAUAGAAUUGAUCAAGUACUGCCGCCUCUUUGAUUCUUGCUUAUCUCCAAUAAUGUUACUCUACGUCUUCGUUUGCUCCGUCAUGAUUUGUUCCACGGCAUAUCAAUUGAAUAUUGAAACAAGCGCGCUGCAGCGGCUGAUAACGGCGGAGUAUUUAAUAUUUGGCGUCGCGCAAUUGUUUAUGUAUUGUUGGCACAGUAAUGAAGUGUUUUAUAUGAGUAUGAGCUUAUUACGAGGGCCUUACGAGAGCAGAUGGUAUACCAUGCCUGUACGGAGACAAAGAGACAUGAACAUGCUGAGCAAACAGUUCAACGAAACCAUCGUGUUCAGUGCUGGACCAUUCACGAAUCUUACUGUUGCUACUUUUGUAAGCAUCCUCAAAGGAGCUUACAGUUACUACACUUUGUUGAGUCAACAGCAAAACAAGUAA